ACACACCGGCACACAGGUGGCGGCGCCGGGGCUGGGCGCCGGUGGGGGCGGCCAGGUGCAGGUCGAGGGGCUCGCGGGCCGAAAGGAGGGCAACUGGUUCCGCGGCGGAGUCUGGGUCCUGGCCAGCCACCCCGGGAGCGGGAGCCCCAAGGCCCUAGAGCUGCAUUGUCAAUUACAGUAGCCACUAGCCAAAUGCCUAUUAGAAUGUAAAUUAUUAAAAAUUAAGGAAAAUUAAUUGUUUUUAAAAUUAAGUUAAAAUGUUAAAAAUUUCUCUUCCUCAGAGAACAGAAUUUCUCUGGCAUCCAAUUCUGUUCCCUGGUGGUCCAGUUGUUGGGAAUUGGCGCUUUCACUACUGUGGCUGGGGUCCAAUCCCUGGUCGGGGAACUCAGACCCCGCAAGCUUCAUGGCUUGGCCAAAAAAAAAAAAAAAAAAAUUCUUUUCCUCAGUGCCACGACCUUCUAAGUGUCAGUAGGCACAUGGAGCUAGCGGCUACUGCAUUGGACGGCACAGAUUUAGAACAUUUGCAUUAUCAUGGAAAAUGCUAUUGGAGAGCAGUGCUUUAGAGUUUAGAGCAAUUUUCCUUUCCCUGUCACCCACCCCCAGCAUCUUAAAGCUCCCCCACAGACCAGAGAACUUAGCUCUUUUUAGGGUGGCUCAGAAGCCACCCUCUGGGGAGGAGGUAAGAUGUGGGGAUGGACAGCCAAUGCCUGAUUUCCCCAGACUGUGAGAAAGAGCCCAGGCUUCAGUUUUCCUCAUCUGGUCUCUUGGGUCACGACCAGAUGUAUGGAAACUUGCCUUCCCCGUUCUGGGCUGUGUUUGGGGCUCUUGGUUACUGAAGGAGAAGACCUCUCUUUGUCAGUGACUAGGAAUCCUUGUGUUUUAGGCUCCCCAAAUUGAGCCCUGGAUUCUGAGGGUCCCCUCCUUCAUAGGCCUCUAAAUUUUUCGAGGUGUCUCCACUUAAUUUUCUUGCCCAUGGACUUAGGCCUAGUUCACUGUGGAGACAGACCCCUGGGAAAAAGGAAUGUUAGAAAUCCUGGUCCAGUAUGCAUUGGUCUAAUCUGUGAGCGUGUCUCUGGUGUCCUAUCUUUCUGUCCUAUUAUUCUGGCUCCUAGUUUCAUCCUGGACUUAAGCUGUGUCCAUGAUAGCACUGGUCGCUGAAAGCCAUUUCCUUCCCCUGAUAAUUUUUCAUUGCCCUGCGCUAGCCCAGCUGGAGUUUCCUCUGGACUUGAUUUUCAGUCCUGAUAACUCUUCUGUAUACACACAUAAGCUGCGAGAUUCCAAAGCGUUUUCCCUGCCACCACUUGUGUGUCUGAGGUGGGCAACACUAAUAUGUCCCUUCCCUGAGUCAGAUGUCCAUCCCUGGGUCACUAUAUGCACACUAUCGGUGUGUUCUUGUCUAACGUUACCACCACCGAUUCCAAGGAGAUACGUCCCAGCUGGAGAGCCCAUUUCCAACACCUCUCUGGCUCAGCUCUGACCUUGGACAAGUUAUGUGCAACCUUUCUAGGCUUGCAGUCUCAUCUUUAAACUGAAGUUAUAAUUGCAUGCAAGAACCCUUCUAGAUUUAAAUGACCAGGGCUCCUCUACCCCCAAGUGAGAUGUAGAGUCCCCUAUUUCUCCGCAUGCCCUAGUGUAUGUCCCUCAUUAUUGUUUGCUAUUCAGAUCCAUCCUAUUAGGCCUCUGUUCUAACCCCAAGGAGUGUUUGUGUGGUUCACCUGGCCUUGUAAAGACACAGAAUAGUUUAUCAUAAAGACACAGAAUAGUUUAUCAUAAAGACACAGAAUAGCUUAUCUCCAUAGAAACUACAACUUCCAUCAGGCACUACUUCAACGGAACAGGAAAGGAUGUGGGGGCGUGGCACUAACGCCCUGGUAGCUUUGAAGACAAACUACAACUCCCAGGACAGCCGUGAGAUCUCUGCAGAGCGAAAGGAGUGACUGAACUCUGACUGGAGGCCGGGCUGGUCCGGAACCAUCCCGACAGUCUCCAGAAAGGAGCGUGGUUAUAAUUUAGGGGCGUGGCCUUGCAGGCAGCAGGAAGAAGUUACCUGUUGAAUCUUCCUAUCCAUUCUCUUCCCAGCCUUUGUAGCUAACCCUAAGAGGGAAGCCGCAAACCACUAGCCUCUUCUGAAAAAGAGGUAAGGGGACGUAGUCAAGGGGCAGCGAAGGAGGCUAUUGCAUUCCUUAGGAGGGGCCAAACAGCUACUUUCUACCUGCUGAGACAGGUGAACCGUUCCAUGGGGGCGGGGACCAGCAUAUGAGAAAAGGGCAAGGGCGGAGGAGGUAUUUAUUUGUUCUCUUUCAAGACUAAAUUUAGGGCCCUUCGUCUGCAGACCCAUUGGCGGACUCUGUCUUGGGAACCCUCUUGGCCUCUGGAAGAGAAAAGAACGGGGGCCAGUUUUCCGCAGCAAAAGGAACGGCCCGUCUGGGCUUCCUCCCGUCUGUGUAUUUCCUAGCCCCCAAACGAUAGAGCCAUAUGGAUUCCGCGGUCUGGAGGAGUGCUCCCUGGUGGGGCCCACUGCCCCCAGCCCCAGCCCGGCCGCUCACGGACAUGGACUUCUGCUCUGGGGCGCAGCUGCAAGAACUAACCCAGCUGAUCCAGGAGCUGGGUGUGCAGGCGAGCUGGAGUGAAAUUCCCAAGCCAGGACCAGAUCUCCUCCAGGGCAAGGACUUUGUUUUCUCUUUGCUAGGUCUCGUUCACCGCCGGGACCCUCGCUUUCCUCCUCAGGCAGAGCUCCUGCUGCUUCGUUGCGGGAUUCGCGAGGGCUCCCUGGAUCUGGGACCUGCGCCUCUAGGGCCCUACGCUCGGGGACCUCACUACGACGCGGGCUUCACACUCCUGGUGCCCGUGCUUUCGCUAGAUGGCACUGGGCAGGAGCUGCAACCGGACGUGGGAUCCUGUUACACAUGGCUCUUCCUUCCAGAUCAGGUACGCGGAACCUCGGUCCGGGAGGCAUGGCAGGAUUGCCUAGGACCCCCAGUCCCAGGAGGACGUGAUUCGAUCCACCCAGCCCAAAACAAAGAAACUCCCAAGGAUCCGCAAAUCUCCGUGGACCAGCCACACGUCACUGAGCCUGAGGCACACGAGUCUUUGGAAAACUCACCUAGUAAUGUUUCAGUGCCAGAGUUGCCUCAACAAGACGUAACCGAUGUUGACUUUCCCUCACCACUGAAAAAAACGAAUGGUGACGUCACCAAAGCAACCGACGUUAGCCCAGUGCCACAGCCGUUGGAGGCUCCGGAGGCAUGGCCCACAUUGUGCCCCGCCCAGGUGGCUGCCUGGUUCUUUGCUUCGCUGGCUGCGGUCGCUGAGUCCCUGUUUCCGGUUCCGGGUGCCCCGCGCUUGGUCCAGGCAGCCCGCCACGCGGGGGUCACCACUAUCCUCCUGGCUACGCCCGGGACCCCGCGCCGCCUCCUGCUUUUCGACUUGAUCCCCGUGGUGUCUGUGGCCGGCUGGCCCCAGGGGCCUGGGAGCCACUCGUGGGCCGGCCCGCUGGCCUCGGAGUCGUCUUCCUUCUACCUGGUGCCCGGCGGCGGCGGCACAGAGCGGCCGGAAGCCUCCGGCUCGCAGCUCUGCUUCGCCCGCCAAGAGCUGGCGCUCAAGACGCGCAUACCCGUUUCCCUGCUGCACGCGCACGCGGUGGCUCAGGCGCUGCUGCGCCCUCUGGUGGCCGGGACUACGGUCGCGGCGCCCUACCUCCUACGGACGUUGCUCUACUGGGCGUGUGAGCGGCUGCCUGCGCUCUAUUUGGCGCGACCCGAGAAUGCGGGCGCCUGCUGCCUCGGGCUGCUGGAUGAACUGGGCCGGGUGCUCGAGGCCGGGACGCUGCCCCACUAUUUUCUGAGUGGCCAAAAGCUCCGUGCGGGGGACGGGGCCGCUUCGCUGCUCGGGGCGUUGGCCCUGCUUCGCAGGGACCCUGCCCGCGCCCUGCGGGCCUCUGUGGAAGAGGCCAAGGCUGCACGCAAGGGGGGAGGCUUAGCCGGCGUGGGAGGCGGGGCCCAUUAAA